GGGGGGAUGCGGACGGGCGAAGAUGGCGGCCUCGUCGAACAACCCGCGGAAAUUCAGCGAGAAGAUCGCGCUGCACAACCAGAAGCAGGCCGAGGAGACGGCGGCCUUCGAGGAGGUCAUGAAGGACCUCAGCCUGACGCGCGCCCACCGGUUACAACUACAGAAAAACCAGUAUUUGCAGCUGGGGCAAAGCCGUGGUCAGUACUACGGAGGUUCCCUGCCGAACGUCAAUCAGAUUGGGAACAGUGCAGUGGACCUGCCCUUCCAGACUCCGUUUCAGUCGUCGGGAUUGGACACCAGCAGGACGACACGGCACCAUGGGUUGGUGGACAGGGUCUAUCGCGACCGGAACCGCCUUGGCUCGCCGCACCGGCGCCCGCUCUCCGUGGAUAAGCACGGCAGACAGGUGGAUAGCUGUCCCUACGGCACCGUCUACCUGUCCCCUCCUUCAGACACAAGCUGGAGAAGGACCAAUUCAGAUUCUGCCCUUCAUCAGAGUACAAUGACCCCCACUCAGGCAGAGCCUUUCUCAGCUGGGUCUCAGGACAUGCAGCAAAAAAGAGUCUUACUAUUGACUGUCCCGGGCAUGGAGGAAGACACAACAGACGCAGACAAGAACCUUUCGAAACAAGGAUGGGACGCUAAGAAGACAGGAUCCUCGAGGCCUAAAUCCUGUGAGGUUCCAGGAAUCAACAUCUUUCCGUCAGCUGACCAAGAAAACACUACCACACUUAUCCCCGCCGCUCACAACACGGGCGGUUCCCUGCCAGACCUGACAAACAUCCACUUCCCUUCUCCUCUCCCGACGCCACUGGACCCAGAAGAGUCCACCUUUCCGACCCUAAGCACCUCCAACAGCACCGGGAACCUCGCAGCGAACUUGACGCACAUGGGCAUCAGCACGGCCAAUCAGGGAAUGACGCCUCCGCAAGCCUCUUCCCAGCAGCACCGGCAGCCAUCUGUCAGCCCCCUUUCGCUGAGCACAGACUCGAGGAGAAGCCAGCCCCAGCAGGUCUCUCCUACGCUCUCGCCUCUAUCACCAAUCACUCAGGCCGUGGCCAUGGACGCACUUUCCCUGGAGCAGCAGCUCCCGCCCUAUUCGUUCUUCACCCAGACAAGCCCGCAGCAGCCUCAGACCCAGGUGGCCAGCGCCCUCCCUCCCAACGCCUCUCUGAUGCAGACGUCCGGCUUGCAGCGCGGCGUGCAGCUGCCCCCGCUCUCCGUCCCGUCCACCAUCCCGCAGUCUCCUCCGGGCAGCCAAACCCAGACGUCCAUGGGGAUAGACAUCAGUUCGGGAUCACUCCAGCAGUACCGCAACCAUGCUGGUUCCCCGGCCAACCAGUCUCCCACCUCUCCUGUCUCCAAUCAAGCUUUCUCUCCAGGCAGCUCCCCUCAACAAACGUCCAUCCUGGGGAGCGUCUUUGGGGAUUGUUACGACCAGCAGAUGACGGCCAGGCAGGCAAAUGCUUUGUCCCAUCAGGAUUCCUUCCUUCAGCUUGAGCAAUUCAACAUGAUUGAGAACGCCAUCAGCUCCAGCAGCCUCUACAGCCCGUGCUCCACCCUCAACUACUCCCAGGCGGCCAUGAUGGGGCUCACCGGCAGCCAUGGGAGCCUCCAGGACACCCAGCAGCUCAGCUACGCCAGCCACGGGAACAUCCCAAACAUCAUCCUCACAGUGACCGGGGAAUCGCCUCCCAGCCUGUCGAAGGACCUGACCAGCUCUCUGGCCGGGGUGGGUGACGUCAGCUUCGACUCGGAUUCCCAGUUCCCUCUGGACGAACUCAAAAUCGACCCCUUGACCUUGGACGGGCUCCACAUGCUCAACGACCCUGACAUGGUCCUUGCCGACCCCGCCACAGAGGACACUUUCCGGAUGGACCGCCUGUAGUGGGGGGGGGAAGGGAAGAGGGCGCAUUGCGGAGAGAGCGCGAGCGCACGCAUGCAAAAAGGAAAAAAAAGGUUCCGAGUCCCAGAAUGUGCACGGCACUCAGAGUGAGGAAAGGGGCCUGCCUGCCUUGGCUUUGUCGCAGCCGAUCCGGAGUUACCGAGAGCCGUGCCCAAUUUAGCAGCGCUUGUUUUACACUUGCAGAGCGGCUGCCCCCCCCCGGUCUUUACCCCUCUUUGCACGUCACCUUCCCGUCGGUUGGCAGAGGAGGAUGUUUUUCCAUGAGCCCCUCUUGCCCCUUUCCCUUUCCUCCCUCUCUGCUUGUCACCAAAGUUCUCCAGCGGUCGGUCCUUUUUAUCCUUUGCACUAAACAAGUUUGUCUUUCUGUCUGGGGGGAGGGCAGCAGAGAAGGCUGAGAUUUCUCUCCCCCCUCCUUCCUUCCCGCCCGCCCUCGGUGGCAGGACAGCAUUGUCUAGAAGGUAAACAGGUUUUUUUUAUUACUUUUCUGUCCGUAAAGCCACCAAGUCUCUGGUUUCUGUUACGGAAGCAGCCACCUCUGUGUGAAAAGGGGGGGCUUUUCUCGGGGGCAAAGGACUGCCUGAUGGACAUUGACACCCCCCACCCGUGAAUUCUCAAGCUAAUAUUGCUGCUGUCCCUAAUGAAAACGGUGGGGCGAUGACAGAGGAGUAAGGGAUAAUUUCCUGCGGUAGAUUCUUGGUAUUGAAGCAGGGGGCAAAUGGUUUUUUUGCUGACCGAUUUCCUUGACCGUUGUCCAGAAUUCCAUGGCUGCCUGUUAGCUCAUCCGCCUGCGCCCUCAACAGUUGCAGAAACGUCUCUUUUGGCAACGCUGCCCAGGGAUUUUUUUGUAUGGGCUGCCUAAUUCCUCUCCACAAUGGUUUUUUUUUUAAAUCCAUUUUUGGUUUUGCCAAGGGUGGGUGCGACUGGAAGAGGAAGGGGCAACUUCAUUUCUGGGGUCUUAGAAGGAAUGAGCUGCAGUUUUUUUCCUGUGGGUCGAGCAUUUGUGGGAGUGUUGUUCUUUCCAAUGCGCAGUCUUUUUCUUUCUGCAUGGAAAAGGUCGUUCUCGUCCAGUAUGUAAAAGUACAAUCUCUUGUGUGCAUGAAGGGUCUGGCUAGCGGAGCAAUGAGCAGAAUCCAGUCGGCCUUGGCUGGUCAGGGUUACGGUGGUAGAAUUCGAGGGGUUCCAAGCUGAUUAGGGGAGGGGGAAUCCUCCAGGGGGACACCUUGACUUUUACUUAAAUACACACUGUCUCUCUCUCUCUCUACCUGCUUGUUGUCUCUUUCCCUAACUCCAUAAAGUCAACAGAGAAGUUUUGGCGUAAGUGGGAAGGGGUGUGUGGCUCCUUUCACAGGCCUGGAACACCUUUUAUGGACUGAUCCAAGCAUGUUUAAUCUUCCAGUCUGAGCCCUCAAAUCCCAUGGUGGUCGCCCUGGGGUUGCGUGUGGGUCCUUGGGACCUUAUCUGGGACUGUAAAGUCCUCUGAGGGGGGCACAAUUCAUUAAGUUUAAAUGCUUCUGGUAGGUCCCCCCCGUCUCUCUCCCAAGCUCCCCUGACCAGCUCACAAAUUUGUCUCAGUCACCAGUAGAAUCAUAGAAUAGUAGAGUUGGAAGGGGCCCAUGAGCCCAUCAAGUCCGUGAAGAGCCCUCUGCUGAAACGUGAAUCCUAAGCCCAGGACUGGCUGAGUGAUGCCUUCAGACCUGGGAGAGUGGAGUCUUGGGUUAAGUUUCAAGACGCUAUUGUGGCUGGUGUAGUUUACCUCCCUGCGGUCUUGUUUUGAUGGGCAGGUGCUGCGUUCGAGUCCUGACAUCUCCGCCCUCCUGAAUGCCUCAUGCACCCUUCUUUCAGCCGGAUCGCCGUGUCUGUGCGUGUCGCCAGGGAAUCCGGUUCGGACUUUGCGUUCACAUUAUGUUGUGAGUGUGCCAUCGGUUUUAUGACUUUCUUUUUGCACUCUAAAAUGAGAUGGAUUUUUUUUUUUGAGUAUGUGUACAGUCUUGUAUGCUUUCUGCAUUCAGUGCUUUUGAUGCAGCAAUUCCCCCACCAUCACCACCUCUUUCCAUUUUGUAUAACCCUUAUCAGUAUUUUAGCCUGGUCGCCUCUGAUCACUUGCAAUAUGGUCUACUUAUUUCAAGUUAGUUGUGCCUUCUUCUCAUAACAGAAGAGGAGGGAUCCCUUCAAUACAAACGAGAGGGAUUCUUUUGCUUCAGACGUUGGCCAAAGUUACGAUCAAGGCAGGGGCUGUUAAAAUGUGUCGGUUCAGCUCUCGUGCAGUGGUAUCGCCCCAGAUCUUGUGUGUGUGUUGAAACCCUUUUCAGUCUUUUGAUCUGUUAUUUGGGGGCAGGGGUGCAACAUUUAAAAGAUGGGGGAAGAUCCGUAGCUCUUGAACUGGGUCGUGUCAUAGGGAGAUAUAAAAUGCUCUCUCUCCCCCCCCUUUUUAAAACUCCCCAUGCACAUAGGAGGGCCUGUGUACUCAAGUCAUUUUACAAAACUGGCCUUAAUAUACACACACAAAAACCUUUUCUGAAUGCAAUUUGUUUCGGGGUCGCUGCGGGUUAGGGACCACUUGCUUUGAAGAAAUACUCUUUAACUCUCUCUGGCUUUUUGCUGGUAGGUUUUGUUUUUUUGCCGAAAAUAGAGGGCUAAAGAUGGCAGAAUCGUAAAUCAAGAUAUAAACCGAAGAUGUAGGCAGAGGUGUUUCGUCUCCCUCCCCAGUGGGGGCAGUGUUGGUUUUUUUUAUUUAACAAGUUGAGAAUCCAGGCAGUAAUUUUGGCACGAUUACUAACAUUCUCUCUUUCUCUAUGCACCUUAGUUUCUGUUCCUUCCCCCCCCCUUUUUAAAAUCAUGUGGGGUCUUCCAUCCUGCCCCUCACUCCCAGUUCUGUAAUGAGGACCAGGAACAUGAGCUGCCUGAAUGCCAUGCCCUGGCUACUUCAGAACCUGAUGCAGAGAACCUCUCAACUUACUGAAAGGGGUUGGAAGGAGGAUCUAGAAGCCCUAAACUUUGCCCUGCCAUUCUGGAUCCUGCCCAUCAUGUUUCUAUUUCAGGAGAGGGGAAAUGGUUUUUGUCAGCAAGGAGAGAGAAGGUCCACCUUGUUCAAAAACGGAGUGGCUUUCGUAUCCGUCUGUUACAAGAGCGUGGUCAUGUGGCAGGAGACACAGGACUCUGUAAGCCGGACCCGCUCAGUAUGGAGCACAGUUUGGCAGGAGUGUGGGGAAAGUUCCAAGUGUGGAAGCAAGCACAGCUUUCUUGUCAAGUCUGUGCCAGCCUUUUCCUUGGUGCGCUCCCCGCCUGCUUUGGACUCCCACCUCCCCUCAGCCCCAGCCACCAGAGGAGGCCUGGAGAGGUACUGCGGCUUCUCAGCCCAGCGGGCUACGGGCUGCCUUGAGGAGCCAGUAGGCUCUCAUUUCAUUGCUGAUUCUAGUCUGCCACCUGAAGCUGCACUGCUGGGUUCUAGAGAGACUGCUGGCCUGUUGGAGUCCGAGAGCUGGCCCCGUGGUGGGGGACACCAGCUAACCUCGUUCUCCAGGUUUGGAGUGUCCUGUAAUAUAUAUAUAUAUUUUUUUAAAGGAUCUCUUGGAAAACCUCCACAGAACCGAUUCCUUUAAUGCAGGACUGUUGAAAAACCAAACCAUGGCCCCCAAGAGCCUCCGCUGUUGGUUUCUGAAAAUGGAAGCCUGUUUUGGCAUUAAGUGUCAUGUAAAUUACAUUAUUAUCAUCACGGGGGGCCCUUCAUUUCCAUCCCUGCAAGCUGCGUGGAAGAGCAUUCCUGAGCAUAUGCAGAAUCCCUUUUGCCUUCCCCUCUUCUUUCUUGAGAGCAGGUGCGGGGAACCUUUGGCCCUCCAGACGUGGCUGACCUAGCAACUCUCGUCUUCCCUGGCCGUUGGUCCUGCUUGCUUUGAGGCUGAUGGGAGUUAUAGUUCAGCCGCUGCUGGAGGGCCAAAGGUUCCCCACGCCUGCCCUAGAAUACCCAAAGCCCAACGGACCUCACCCCCUUACCAGUUCUGUUUUUUAGGGGGGGUUUGCCUGUUUAGGAGGGCCCUGGUUUUAGUGGCAUGUGGCUGUUGGAGACCAACAGGGGCGUCAGAAGAGGUGGUUUAAUUUCCUGUCCGCUUUUUUGGCAGCAGGGCAGCGAGGUCCUCGAAUAGGGUGCCAAUCUUUCAAAUAAAAGAAACAGCGGCCAACCAGGCGUCCCAAUUUGGCAUCCUCCUCCACUCCCCAUAAGCAGGACUGGAGUCCUUAUGUUUGGAUGCUUGUUGGCUGUGCAGAUGUCGCUCCUGGUGACGCUCGACUUUGAGGGGAGAGCCAUGGUCAGAUCCAGCCCCCCUCCCUGCAAAAGGCCAAGCUUGAGGUUACCGCUGACAGUUGCAUGCUGCAAGGGAAGCCGCCUCUUAGUUAUCGCUGCCGCUUUCUGCACGCGAGCAAACGUCUUGUUGGGCUCCUGGAAAAGCCCGCUGUUGCAUGGGCAGGUAUUUUUCGGGUUUUAACUGCUUUCGUCAAGCCAAAAGGCUGAGCUUUUUUAAAAUGUUUUUUAAAUGAAGAUGCUUUUGAUAUUUGGCUUGUGGCCUGAUUUCAUCAUUCCCUCGCUCCCCCCCCCCCAUCAUUUAAGGCAGCCGUUUUCAAACUGUUCUGGAGCUGGGAAGAUGCUCCUCUCUUCUUAGGAGAUCAGAAAGAGGGCUACCUACACACACCCCUCAAAAAAAUCAACUCCAUGCUUUUACAUAAUGAAGGCGCUUUCAUUUUUUUUAAAACAACAACACCCAACUCCCUUGCCACUGUGAAAACAUUUGUGAAAGAGCAAUUUAAUAUUUAUGUAUGCAUUCUUUUUUAAAAAAGGGAAAAAUCAAAAAAUGAAGUGUGUCUUUUGUGUUCUGACUUUGUCUUCUUUUAGUUGUGUAUUUAUGUGCCAGCGGGCAAAAAGAAUCUGCAUUUCACUCCCCUAAACGGGCACCGUGAUGUCGGAUGGCGUUUCAUAAACCAUUUUGACCUUUGUUUUUAAAUCUUGUUUGUGUGGAAUUGUGACUAGGGCGUGGAAGAUUAAAAAGCAACACUACAUCUCUGGAUCUGUUUGCGCUUUCUGUUGUAUUUAUUUUACUUUAUGGUUUUGGGGAGGGUGAGAUGCGUGUAGAUAUAUAAAUAUAUAUAUAGAUAUUAAAAAUAAAUGUGGGCUUGGCCAGUUUCUACUGUGUUUAAAGGAAGGCGUGAAGAGGAGGGUGGGUCCGCGCUGACUUUUUUCAGAGACCUCCCAAGGUGGCGGAAGUUUGGGAAUUAAUGCCUUUGGGUUGCUUUUUUUAAAAAAAUAAAUACAAAGCAAAAAUGUCUAAUUGCUGUUGGUAUCUAAGCAUGCUUUCUGAGCAAAGGCUGUAUUAGCUGAGUGUCCCCUUACCCACGAGCAAGUCGUCGUCUGUAGGAUGAUUUUAGGCCAGUCGUUAUUUUAAUGUGUUACUUGUUUUCCCCUGAUUUUCUUCCUUCUCUCUGUGUCUCCCGUCACCCCCACCCCCUGGUGCAAUGACCAAGGGCUAAGGGCUUGCAACCGGCUUCUCUUCCUGAGAGGACACAGUGGCCACGGAAACCUCAUGCGCACAGCUGCCCUCUGGGGGGGAAAUGCGCAAGGAAGAGGGUCCUUUGGCUGACAGAGGUGGCUUGCUCUUAGGAUGAGAGGGCACGGCAGUGGCUGCACUGGGCUUGUUGAUCUUUGCUGAUCGCCUUUGUUGAUCUUUGCCGUCCAGAGCUGUCUGGCGUGCAAGUUGCGGAGCGAGAGGUCCCUGCGCACGCAGGGCCAGGAAGGCCCGGGAGCGACUUCCGCACCUGCUUUGAGCAGGCUGGCGGCUGUACUGGGGUUGAUGCUGCCAUUUUGGGGUGGGUGGGGAUCCACGUGGCUUUUCUCCCCAGUAGAGAUCAGCAUAAGCUUAAUUCUCUUUCCUCCCAUCCCGAUGAAAUAGCGAGCAGAGAAGUGGAUGCUUUUUGUGGAACGCUUCGCGUCUUCAGUUGAUUUGGGCAAGGGGAGAUUAUUUGGAGUGCAAGCGUAGAGG